AUGACUUGCCAUGGACAAGGUUUCCAACAUGGCCAACUCCUCCUCAAUUUACUCGAAGCGUGUUCCACCAUUAGGUACCUCGAUGCCACCAAAUGUGUUCAUGCACUUUCCAUCACAAUGGGUCACAUUCCAAAGAAAUCUAUUUUCAUCCACAACAACAUCAUUUCCUCUUACAUUGCCCUUGACGGAGUGCUCCAUGCACGCAAAGUGUUCGAUGCUUUGCCCCACAAAACAAUUGUUUCUUGCAACACUCUUAUCACCACUUAUUGUCGACGCAGGGAUGUAGAUGAUGCUUGGAACUUGCUCUGCCACAUGAGGGGGAGUGGUUUUGCUCCUACCCAGUACACCCUCACUGGGUUGUUGUCGUGUGAGUUGUUGAAUCAUUCUCAGGGUGUUCAGUUGCACACUUUGAGCAUCAGGAAUGGACUCUUUGAUGCCGAUGCUUUUGUGGGUACUUCUUUGUUGGGCUUGUUUGGGAGGCAUGGAUGUUGGGAUGAAUUGUUUUUGGCGUUUGAAGAUAUGCCCCUGAAGAGUUUGGUGACAUGGAACUCCAUGGUGUCCUUGUUGGCACGUAAUGGGUUUGUUGAAGAGUGCAAGAUUUGGUUUAGUGAUCUUGUGGGGACGGGGAUGUCUUUAUCGAAAGGUUCUUUUGUUGCUGUUUUGUCUGGACUUGUUGAUUCUGAGGAGGAUUUGGAAUAUGGUGAACAGAUACAUGGCUUAAUGAUUAAAUGUAGGUUUGGUUGUGAGAUUACUGUGGCCAAUUCUUUCAUUAGUGUGUAUGUCAGGUGCAAAGCCAUGUUUGCUAUGGAAAGAUUGUUUGAGGAAGUUCCUGUUCAGAAUGUUGUCCUGGAAUACAGUCAUUGA